AUGCAAGUUGUAGAAGUUACGAAACAGGUUAUGGGAAGGAUGAAAACUAAUCUUGGUUCUAAGGCAGACCGCAUAACUGUCAAAGAUAACUCAACUGGACAAAUCCCUAUCAAAAUUCCUACUGCUAAGAAAAGGUCUCGAACAAAGGAGAGUGAAACAGCUGUGGCAAACCAAGAAGUGGCGAAAAGUGUGAAUGAAGACAUAGGUCUGCCAAGAGCCAUGAAUGUUAUUAGUUGGAACUGUCGGGGACUAGGUAGCUCGAGUGCAGUCUCAAACUUAAAAUACGUCAUCCGAAGAUAUAAACCGGAUGUUUUAUUUCUGUUUGAAACAAUAAGCUAUGUUAAUAAAAUUGAGGAGUUACGGUAUUUGUUGGGUUUUGAGUCUUGUUUUACGGUAAAUAGAGAAGGCCUAGGUGGUGGGUUGGCAAUUUUGUGGAAGUAUGCUAAAAAGUGCUCUAUUCAGAAUUAUUCAAAUAAUCAUAUUGAUGUUAUUGUUCACGAUAUGAGAGUUGGAGAUUUCAAUGAUAUUCGUUCGCCUGAUGAAAAAAAAAGGAAGAGUGGAAAGGCCAAAUUGGCUAAUCAGCAGUUUCACACAAGAAUUUUAAGAUGCGGGUUUGGUAGAUAUUCCUAUGGAAGGUUACGCUUUCACGUGGUUCAAAAGUUUAGGCACGGAAAGAGCAAUCGAAGAAAAUUGGAUAGAGCUGUGGCAAAUAACAAUUGGUGUGGGCUGUUUCCGAAUGCUAAAGAGCAGUGGCAUACCUAUGUUGGUGAUCAUGACGGUAUUAUUGAUAAAUUGGAAUCCUAUGGAGAAAAUAUGUUACAGUGGAGUAAAGAAAAUAGUAACAAGAUAAGAAAUGAAAUUGAAAGUAUCUAUAGAAAGAUUGUCAGAGUGAGACAUCAUGUUGGAGGUGAUAAUAUUAAUUACUUCACAACCCUUAAACGUCGCAUGAACACUCUACUGGUUAAAGACAAUAUUUUAUGGAAGCAAAGAGCAAAAGUGCAUUGGUAUAAGGACGGUGAUUUAAAUACUCGCUUCUUUCAUAUUUCAACUUCUACAAGUAAGAAAGUUAAUACAAUUCUAUCGCUCACUAAAGAUAAUGGGGAAGUUAUCAGUUCGUCGGAAGGGAUGUGUAAAUUAUCUCACGUUUACUUUAUCGAAUUAUUUCAGAAGAAGCUAAGUUCUCGGGAUCGGGUUCUUCAAGCGAUUAGCAUAUCCAUCUCUACUGAAGAUAAUGUUAUGUUGACAAAUCCGUUUGAUAUUGCUGAACUUAAAGAGGCUAUUUUUUCUAUGCAAGUUGAUAAAAUUCUCGGUCAGGACAAUUUUAAUCUCGGGUUCUACCAUCAGUUUUGGGAUAUAUGUAGGGUUGAAAUUUUCAACGCUAGGUGCUUAUGGCUGGAAAGGGGUAGUUUUCCUGAAAAGCUUAACAUGACAAAUAUCACCCUUAUUCCGAAAGGAGAUUCCCAAUCUACCAUGAAAUAUUGGAGACCGAUUGGUCUUUGCACAGUCUUGUAUAUAGCUAUAGCUAAAGUUCUCACAAAUCGGCUUAAGAGAGUCCUCAACAAAUGCAUUUUUGAUAAUCAAUCGGCCGUUGUUAUGGGUAGAUAUAUUUUGGACAAUGCCAUGGCACCUAUUGAGGUGGUUCAUCAUACAAAGGCAAAAACCAACGGCAAGAUUGGUGACAUAGCUCUUAAACUUAAUAUUAACAAAGCUUAUGAUAGGAUUUAUUGGGACUAUCUUAAGGAUGUGCUUCCACUAUAUGUUUCUAUCAAAAAUGGAUUGGGUGGAUUAUGUUUUGUGUGGAAAUUGUUGAUUAUUCCAUGGGUUCAAAUGGAAACAUGGUGGGUCCGAUAA